AUGCUUAUGCAUUUGGAAGUCUACUACUACGUUUUCAUUUUGAUGACUCACAUGAGGUCCUGCUGCAGCUGGUCAGUGAAUAAUUUCCUGAUGACUGGCCCAAAGGCCUAUCUGAUCUACUCCAGCAGUGUGGCUGCAGGGGCUCAGAGUGGGAUUGAGGAGUGCAAGUAUCAAUUCGCCUGGGAGCGCUGGAACUGUCCGGAGAGAGCUCUUCAACUGUCCACUCAUAAUGGCCUCCGGAGUGCAAAUAGGGAAACAGCGUUUGUCCAUGCCAUAAGCUCUGCAGGGGUGAUGUACACCCUUACGCGAAACUGCAGCCUUGGUGACUUUGACAACUGUGGUUGCGAUGACACAAGGAAUGGUCAACGAGGGGGCCCAGGCUGGCUGUGGGGCGGCUGCAGUGAUAAUGUGGGCUUCGGAGAAGUUAUCUCCAAACAGUUUGUUGACGCCUUGGAGACAGGGCAGGACGCACGAGCAGCCAUGAAUCUACACAACAAUGAAGCUGGACGCAGGGCUGUUAAAGGGACCAUGCAGCGAACAUGUAAAUGCCACGGAGUCUCGGGGAGCUGCACCACCCAGACGUGCUGGCUGCAGCUCCCCGACUUCAGGGAGGUGGGCACCUAUCUGAAGGAGAAGUAUCAGAAAGCCCUGAAGGUGGACCUGCUCAGGGGGGCAGGCAACAGCGCAGCCAGUCGCAGGGCCAUCGCCGAGACCUUCAGUUCCAUCUCCCGCAAAGAGCUCGUCCACCUGGAGGAUUCACCUGACUACUGCCUGGAGAACAAAACCCUGGGCCUGGCGGGCACGGAGGGACGCGAGUGCAUCAAGAAGGGCAAGAGUCUGAGCCGCUGGGAGAAGCGCAGCUGCAAGCGUCUGUGUGGAGAGUGUGGCCUGGCCGUGGAGGAGCGGCGGGCGGAGCUGGUGUCCAGCUGCAACUGCAAGUUCCACUGGUGCUGCGCGGUCAAGUGUGAUCAGUGCCGCAAGACUGUCACCAAAUACUACUGUGUGAAGAAGGGGAAGAAGGCCCAGAGCGCCAGCCACAGCCAAAGGAAAAGUCUCCGGCUCAGGAAGACACACUGAGGAGGGCGUGAAGACUACACCCCACUGAGGUUUUUACACAGACAGUGCAUUUGGUUUCAGUAAGAUAGUAUAGCACAUAUAUUUCACAAAAUGGUAAAAAAAAACAUACGUUUGAAAGAGUGUAAAUAAAGAAGAAUGAAAGUUUUGUCAACAGAAAAUUACUGAAAGAGAGUUUGAGAAAAUAAUGCUUAGAUUUAUUGGAAAGCUUGCAUAAAUACAGGAAGCAUUGCAAAUAUUAGAUGUUUAU